UGUUGUCUUCUCCAGAGCCGUACUCGCCUCUGAUUCAGCCAUGGCUGCCCUUCGCGCCGCGCUUUUCGGCGUGCUUGUAGCGGCCAUCGCGUCAUUCGUCUAUAACGACCCGCUCGCGCUUCGCCAGCCGGUAGACGUGUCGCCAGUCCUCCUCCCGCCGCUCGCGGUGCCGGGAGCUAGCGACCCCUCGAACCGCCUUGCUUCUGCGGAGAUAAAGUACGAGCACCAGGGCAUCGGCCCUGAGAGUCUAGCCAUGGACGCUAACGGCAGCGGACCCUAUUCCGGCUUGGUAGACGGCCGCGUCGUGCGGCGGAGCGCGGACAAUAGCCAAUGGGAGCCCUUCGCGCACACCUCUCCGAAUCGCACCCCUCAGUUGUGUGACAUUCCGCCAAAGUCACAGCCGGAUCCGUCUAAGGAGCCUCUUUGCGGCCGUCCCUUGGGCCUGCGGUUUCACCCCGUUACUGGAGAGCUUUAUAUCGCGGACGCGUACUAUGGGCUGAAUCGGGUCGGCUUAAAUGGGGGACAGGCGGAGCAACUGGUUGGCGGGAAGCUGGUGGACGGAGAGAAGUUGUCCUUUAUAAACGACCUCGAUAUGGACGCGGAAGAUGAGAACGGAACAGUGUAUUUCACUGUAUCGAGCACCAAAUACGAAAUGAGGAAUUUCCUCUCCAUGAUUCUCGAUGGCGGGGCGGACGGCGGCCUAUACAAGUACGACAUUGCCACGAGGGAGGUGACUCGCCUCGUGCCCGGCGUGGCAUUUGCCAACGGGCUCGCCCUCUCCCAGGACCGCUCGUUCCUCGUCUACUGCGAGACCAUCAGAGCCAGGUGCAACCGCUACUGGCUCAAGGGCAGCAAGGCGGGCAGCCACGAGGUGUUUGUGGACCUGCCCGGGGUGCCAGACAACCCCAGGCUCAACCCCCGGGGGCGUUUCUGGAUCGCCAUGCCUGCGUACCGAACCUCCGCUUAUGACUUCCUCGCUCGCGCCCCUCGCCUGCGCUCCAUCCUCCUGCGCCUGCACCUGCACCCGCUUCUCCUCUACGCCGGAAUUUUCGGGCUGCCCAACGGAAUGAUCGCAGAGGUGGACGCGUCCGGGCAGAUCACCGACAUUUUGGAGGACCGGGCGGGAAAGCGGGUGAAGGCGCCGAGCGACGUGAUGGAGAGGGGCGGCAAGCUGUGGAUAGCGUCCCUCAUAGUGCCGAAUCUUGCUGUGCUGGACUAUGUGCCGCCAGGCACCAGCACUGUCUGAUAACCUUUCUGAGGCACCUGGGUGUUGGUGGGGUGGCAAGCUGUGGAUAGCGUCCCUCAUAAUGCCGAAUCUCGCUGUGCUGGACUAUGCGCCACCUGGCACCAGCACUGCCUGAUGACCUUUCUGAGGCACCUAGGGGCUUCAUUCCAGUGAGGUGAUGGAGAGGGAUGGGGGGCGGCCGGCUGGGGCUAGUCUUUCAUCCCAACCUUGCUGUGCACGAGUACCGGUAUGUGCCAGCUGGUGCCAACGCUAUGCCUCCUUGUGGCAGCGCUGCCUGAUCACCUUUCUUUUGGAGCCGCCUCGAGGGCCUGCCUGCAUUGCAUGGCACCGAGGCGGGUGGUGGAGAGGGGUGGAGAGGGGUGGCGAGCGGUGGGUAGCGUCCCGCGUAGUGCCCAACCUAGCAGUGCUGGAGUAUGUGCCGGCUUGGGUCAUCAUCACUGCUUGACCGGAGUCCCUGUAGCUGCCUCCAACUUUGCUUGCCUUGCACCUUUGCUCGCCUUAGAACCUUGGUUUGUUGUGCACCUUUGAACCUUGGUUUGCCUUGGUUUCACUAGUAAACGUCCUAGUAGCCU